AUGGCAAGUGGGGAAGAGAGUUUUCUUGUCUUAGUGCAUUGCUCUGAGAAAAUUAAAAGAAGCAAAAAAUAUGGUGUGAAGUUCACUGACAGAGAACCAUUGAGUGUAUUCAUCAGUUCAUCAAGCACUUUGUCAGAUGUAAAGAACAGCAUCUUGCAGAAGUUUGGGGCAGCUGAUGAAGAUAUUAGGGUUCUGUUUCAUUGUGUUAGGAGCUUUCCGAAGGUCAGAAUACAUGAGCUGUAUGCGAAGUUGGAGGUUGGUGUCGAUAGUUCUGAGGCAUCAGCUCUAGUUCAUAGCUCGACUGCCGCAAGCGGUGCGUCUAGUUCGAUGCCUGCGGCCGGACCAUCUUUUCCGCAGGUCGCAUCCCCUUCCUUCGCGGCUGAUUUAGAUCGAACAGAGGCAGUUGGUUCUGUACCGUUGGAGAAUUCUGGGGUCUGGCAGCAGGCAUUUGAGGCGGAUACCGGUGGUGGCAUGAUUCAUGAUGUUCAAGGCUUUGGGGAACCUGAUCGAGUAAAGAAUGCAAUGCGGGACGAUGACUCUGACCAGGAGCCUGUAGAUAUCAUUGGGGACAGUGAUGAUGACACAUGUGCCAAUCCACAUACACAGCACGGGCCUUCAAGUUCUGGCACACAGCAGUACCCUCCACACUUCUCCACUCUAAAUUUGGAGGCUCUGGGUCAACAAGUGGACGGAGGUGCUACAAUUGGGGGUUCUUCUACAGAAUUUCAGAUUGGGCAAUCAUUCCAGAAUAAAGAUGAAGCUGUUCUGAGUGUGAAGGACUAUAGCAUCCGUCGAUGUGUUGAGUACAGAGUCUUGGAAUCGGAUCAUCUGAAGUAUCAUGGCAAAUGCAAGGAGUUCGGCAAGGGUUGCAGUUGGUUGAUUCGCAUAUCGCUUUGUGCACGAAAGGGCACUUGGGAGGUUAGGAGGUACAACGGUCCACACACUUGCUUGGCCACCUCUAUUUUCAGUGAUCACCAUCAGCUUGAUUACCACGUUAUCUGUGCGAGGAUUUUUUCAUUGGUUAGGGCGGAUGCUGCGGUUACGGUAAAGGUCUUGCAACAAGCAACAGAAGCUGAUUACGGGUUCAGGCCUAGUUACAGGAAGGUUUGGAUGGCAAAACAGAAGGCAGUAACAUAA